CCAAAUAUUGUUGCCGCCAGAGAGAGAAAGGAGCGCAGCGGAGGGACCAAGGAUGAGGGGGUUGCCUUGCUCGCUUUUGUCGACGAUGAUCAUACCCACCGCCACCCCCACCGCCGUCGCCGCCACGGAGAUCCCCAAGUCACGGGACACCGGGCGCAGCCACCCCCACCUCCGCCGCUGCUACAGGGACAGGAAGAGAAGGGCUGCGGGAGCCGGUAAGCUCUCCGAGGAGAGCGCGCGCCCCGAAUUCGACCCCCGACCUCAGGUGGAGAUGGAGUACGUGCCGGAGAAGCCCAACCUCGGCGCCGGCGACCCUCUCCUCCUCGCCGUCUUCGCGUCCGUCUUCGAGAAAUUCAACCUCACGGACCACACCGCCGUGGCGCGAGUUGACAUUUCUGGAUCCUCUAUUUUCUUUAAUAUUCGGUUGUGCAAGUUUGUAUUUUAUAUGCUCACAAUGUGUUUGUUGAAAAUCCAAAGAGGUUGUGGAUGAAAUAUCCAAACCGUUAUUUAAAUAUUCUCAUAUGAUCAAGUUAUGAA